CGGUCAAUGUUUGCUACAAACUUGAACUUGAUCCUUUCUACCUAACAGAAACAAAUGCCGUGGCAACUUGAUAGCCGACCUGGAUAUUGACAGCGCAGCAAGCCACGCCGAUAUCAAAGCAUUUGUGGACCAUCUCAAGGAGCUCUGUAAACAUGUCUUUCGUGCCUCGACCGCACUCACUUCAACUUUUCAUACUACUCAGACGCUCGAAUGGCUGAUAUCGAGCGGAUACGGCGUAUACAACACGCUCACGAAACCAAUGCUCUCAAAUAUGGCCAUCUAGGCACCGCUACCUACGAUGAGCAAAAUCACACCUGGCACUUUCUUCGUCAGAAUCGAGUGCGACGCAAGGUAGACUCUGGGGACCAGGCCAGUCAUGUUCUAGACGAAGGGUCUCUUCCUCAAGGCCACCAUUCCGCCUCCCACAGGCAGUCUCUCUUCUCGAUCGUCGAUGACAGAAUAUGGGAGCAUGACCAUGGUGACUUGACAGACAGUGUCCAGAGUAAGUGGAAGGGGUCACGCGAGAGUGAAGCAAUCGCGGACGCUGGCUCUGCUAACGAGGCCAAACGGACCGCCGACGCACGGAAGAACACCUUUCUUAAACAAGUGCCGGAUGCCGCUUUUGCGAUCCUUGACCUGCGCACCGCGGCCUUGUCCCCUUUGCAGCUCUUGAAUGCCGCUGGGACACUGCAAGGCAGAAACGUUAUAGCCUUCGGAAACGCCAGGUCACCUGCUAGCCGGGAUACACCCAACAAACGAUUGCAUCCUUUGGUGGCCUUCCCCACCGGUGCAAGUGGUGAGACACUUCGACUAGUCGGCUUGGAUGCGUACGAUGUCUCCUUCAGCAAUGUCUCAGGACUGAAGGAGACCUGCAAAGUCCCUGGCAUUGGACGUGAAAUUACAGGCAAAUGGACCAAAUCUGCAGAGCCGAUCCUACAUAUAGUCCCUUGUCCCAACUCCCAGUAUCGGACGCAACUCAUUGUGGUGAAAGCAAGUGAGAUCAGCAUUCUGCGUCCGCUGAUGGUUGAACAUACUAGUCCAAGGUCUGCAGAAGAGGACGUUGACGUUGGGCUGAACGACACUAGAUUGCUAGUUGACCCCGGCUUAGUGGUGAAUCUGCCCUCUUCCAGGACCGGGGGAAGCCCUCAUGCACAUGCAGCCUGCAAUCCUCAAGAUCGGAGUCUGCUGGCGGUGGUUGGCAGUGAGGGAGUUUGGUGCAUUUGGAAAGUGAAGGGAACAAGGUCCAGAUCAGCCCGCGUACUUUACCGGGCCCAGUUGCAAUGUUCCAACGACCUUGGGCUAGCUUUGGGGAACUCGCCUUCCGCUGCUGCCAUGUCACAUUACGACGGCUGGCAUAGAGUCUGCUGGCUCGUGGGUGAGCAAGGGUUCGCGGAUCGAUGUUUGGUCUGCAACCGACGAAAGGCCGCUGUAUUUGAUGUUACGGGAAAGUCUGUUGGUUCAGUGGACCUGCGCUUAGGCCCUCUUUCAGAAGGGAAUCAAAUCCUGGAUAUCAAGAACAGCGACCGACGAAAAGACCAUGUCGUUGUGUUGACGACCUCGCGAUUAUUGAUCUUUAGCUCGUCCGAGAUCAGCUGGAAAGACAGAGCCGGCGUCGAACCACUAGCGUUGGUGUGCUCGUGGAAUCAUUACAGGCACCGCGACGAUCUAUCACUACGAAUGAGUUUGUGGGAGAUGACACAAGUGACCAGCGUAUUGAUUUGGUCGCGGACAAGCCACCUCGGUGUUGUCUACCACUUUGGAGCCUCGGAGCUGAAUCAGAAUACGGUGUCAAUCCAGGAUCCAUCGAUGUUCGAGUUUCCCAAACAGCUUCAAAGACGAAUGAACCAUGUUGUCGACAUUGUUCUCUGCCCCAUCAACCCGGCGGUAUCUGGCGGUUCGUCGAAGCAUGCUGACCAUGGUUUUAUGAAGCUGGUUGCAUACCUCGAUGACGGUACGGUCAUUGAAGCUGUGUAUGAGCAUGCUUUGGGAACUGAGAUUGCCGAGGAUGGUUCUCCGCACAUUUUCACGCUGGCGUUGACUGGCUCGGCAGGCGGCCGAGUUCAAAGUGCCAUGUACGUCAAAGAAGAGGAAACGGAUGAUUUUGUUGUUGAUGACGAUGAUGAUGGCUUUGACAAUUCAGCGAUCGUUCGCGUCGGCAAUGUGCAACCAAAACCCAGUUUGUACGAGAGUCGUCUGCCGCAUUUUCGCGACUGGGAGCGUCUUCUGGACUAUGAUGACUUAAUGGGCCAGGCCCAUGCUUCUACAUCGCUUGAAGAGAUACUGGGCCAGACUACGCAGAAGCUUCGAAGCAUGACCAUCGAGAACGAACAUGAAAGAAUUCAUUUGCUGUCAGACCUCCUUACGACAUAUCAGAUCGCGGACGUGGAGCGGGAAUCGGAAUUUCUCACGUCGUGGUUGGACGAGUUGAGAGACAAUGGCAAUAUCUCGGUAGAGAUGGCUGAUGCUCACCUCGGGGUUCUCCCAGGCUCAUCUCUCGAGAAGUACCUUGAUCUAUACGAUGACUUUGUCGAAACUUACAUCGAGCCACUGUCAUCCGAGGUUAUCGAUCGGAACCGAGUCAAUCGUGAAAAGCUUGUGCGGCGAGCCGCAGCUGAGGCUUUUCUGAGCAACGCGGUCUUGACCGUUGGUAGUCAAAAUCCAGCAAAGACGAUUUCGAUGUCUAUUUUGGAGGAGCUACCGUCGUCACCAGGCUUGGAAUCUGACCAGGAAGGAGCUUCUUCUUCCCAAAUAUCUGCAUCACAAAGUCCUCUGCCACCAGAAGAACCGGCGGUGGCAAGACUGCGACGAUAUGCAGGGUUUGAAGAGGUGGUGCCACCUUUACGUCUUGUCAAGGAUGCGAACAUAUCAAACAUACUAGCACACCUGCCCGAUACGAUUGAAGAAGAUCCAGAGGAAUACUCGUAUCGUCAAGUCACACAGCGACUCAAACUGGCACAGGAAGAGAUGGCUACACAAUCACUCGACCCACGAGAAAGGCGUAAGGCAGCCAGACACGCAGCCCGGCUACAAAAGAGGUUGCAGAAGACGGCCAAGCUCAGUCAAGAGGCGAUGGCUCAACGAACUUUGCUGCCGACCAUCAGCACUGGCAGUCAGGUGGUGAUGCUUCCAGGUAGAGACGUGCAGAGCAGUCAGGCGGCCCAGCCAGUGUCAAGUCAAACGGCCAGCCAGAGUUUUGGCAUUCCGGGUCUGACCAUGACACAACCAGAGAGAGGAGCGUUUGGUGGCAGGCCGGAGCGAAAAGGGAAGGCAAAAGGCAAGGCGAAGAAUAAAUCAAUGCCUGGGUUCUAGCCUCACAGGGGUUGAUGUCGGUCUUCGAGGGAUCAUCAGGAGUGCGCAUGAUAGAGCAAUGAAGGGAUUGAUGAAUCGGGAGUGCCUCUAGUCAGUGGUUAGGUACCUAGGUAGUAGUUUUAUACUGCUACAGACAUAGUUCAUGAGGUACCUGGUACUACUAGCACGAUAUACCUCGGUAGCAGAUAGUGCAGCGGUACCUGACCGCCAAGACGCAGCUUACCCCGGAUUUUGGGAUUCUCCAGAUUCCGAGUUGAAGAAGCUGGCAGCUCACGGGACGCGGACCUGCGCAAUUCAGAGGGGCAGCCUAUCUGCACUAGUAGCAAUACGGCAAGUGGGCAUUAUUGAGCUCAUAGCAGCACGCCACUUGCACUCCAGAGUCA